ACGUAUGCGUUUAAUCAGUCAAACAUGUAACAACAACAAUAAAGAUCUAUCCUUAUGCUUAUGCAUAGAUUUCUUCUCUUUGUUCCCUCUUUGAACGUUCAAGCUUCCAGGGUAUCUUUGCCAUGGGUUGCGUAAGUUCCAAACACAGGCUUUUCAGAAGAAAGUCGACACUGAAAGAUUCAUCAGAUAAACGUUCUUCUGAUAUUGAUUCUUCGAGGGUAGAUGAUUGGAUCCAACCGGGAGGUGGGCUUGAUAGAUCGAGUAGCAGGGGAGAGGCCAAAGAUAAGUUGGUUGAGUCCGAAACGUUUAGUUCCACUAGGUUUAAUGAUCAUCAGAUUGUUGAUAAGAUACUGGAGCACCCUGAGAAGAUAGUUGAUCAUAUAGUUGAAGCUGUUCAUGAUCAGGACUUGACAAGGGUCUCGAGUGAUGUUGAUAAACAUGAUUUGGAGAUACAUCCUAAUGUUAUAAAACCGAAGCUAGAUCAGUGGAAUAGCAUAGAUUCCAACGCUCGGUUGAUUGAGAAGGAACCAGAGUUUCUUGGGGUUCAAGCGGUUCCUUGGGAAAUGAGCAAGAACCAGUGUGUUGUUGUUCCAAACGACAUAGAGUUAAGGCAAUUAUCAUCAGAAUGGCCUACUUGGCUAGUCUCUGUUGCUGGUGAAGCAUUAGUGGACUGGGCUCCACGUCGAGCAAGCACCUUCGAGAAACUUGAGAAAAUUGGUCAAGGAACAUAUAGCAGCGUGUACAGGGCACGUGAUCUUAUCCAUAACAAGAUUGUUGCGCUUAAAAAAGUCCGGUUUGAUCUUAACGACAUAGAAAGUGUCAAGUUCAUGGCGAGAGAGAUCAUAGUAAUGCGACGGCUUGAUCAUCCUAACGUCCUGAAACUAGAUGCAUUGAUCACUGCCCAUGUUUCAUCAUCACUCUACUUAGUAUUCGAGUACAUGGAUCAUGAUCUCUUAGGACUUUCUUCACUACCCGGUGUUAAGUUCUCAGAGCCUCAGGUUAAAUGUUACAUGCAACAACUUCUAAGUGGGCUUGAACAUUGUCACAGACGCGGUGUUCUUCAUCGCGAUAUCAAAGCAUCAAAUCUUCUCAUCGACCGUAAUGGAGUCUUGAAGAUAGCAGACUUCGGACUAGCAACUUUCUUUGACCCUGCCAAAACUAUACCGUUGACUAGCCGUGUUGUCACUCUUUGGUACCGACCACCAGAGCUUUUGCUUGGAGCUUCUCAUUACGGUGUUGGAGUUGAUCUUUGGAGCACAGGUUGCAUCUUAGGUGAACUAUACGCUGGUAAACCGAUCCUACCAGGAAAAACCGAGGUAGAACAGUUGCAUAAAAUCUUUAAGCUAUGUGGUUCACCAACUGAAAGUUACUGGAGAAAACAUAACUUACGGUCUUCAGCUGGAUUCAGAAGUAGGGUUCCUUAUAGACGGAAACUAUCAGAGAUGUUUAAGGACUUUCCCACGAGUGUUCUUUUGCUUUUAGAGACUUUACUCUCUAUAGACCCUGAUCAACGGAACUCUGCAGAUAGUGCCCUUGAGAGUGAGUACUUCAAAACCAAGCCGUUUGCUUGUGAUCCAUCUUGUCUACCAAAAUAUCCUCCGAGCAAAGAGAUUGAUGCUAAUGAACGCGAUGAAGCGAAAAGGCAACGACACAUGGUGGAGAAACAAGAACGGCAAGAGUCCCAGGCGAUAUCACACGAGAGAAAAUAUGUCCCACCUAUCAAAGCCAAUCAUCUAUCAGUGACCAUAGAGAAACAAUACUUGGAUUUGAAGAGCAGAAACGAUAGUUUCAAGUCGUUUAAGGAGGAGAGGACUUCUCAUGGCCAAGUUCCUGGUUAUCAAAAUAUGCAUGCCAAAAACGAUCAAGGUGGUGAGAGAGGUUCACAUUCAGGUCCAUUCAUGAGCAAACGGAAUAUGGCCAAGUCAACAAUUCAUGUGAAGGAGAAUGCACCUGCUCCUAGAUAUCCUCCAUCUAGAGUAAACCCGAAGAUAUUAUCAGUCUCGGUCUCUUCCAAAGCAUUGUUAGACCAACCAGUCAUGGAUCAAAGAAGAAGAGAUCGACGAGUGUAUAAUAGAGCUGACAUUAUGGAUAGUAGACAUGUGACAACACCAGUCGACUCAGCUUGGUAUAAUCCUAGUGAUAGCAAUAUUUACACGUCAAGCCCAUUGUUCGCUCAGCCAAGCAGAGUGGAUCAGAUGCUUGAUGAACAUGACAUACAGCUUCAGGAAUGUAAUAGUCAAGCACACAACUCGCGAGAAGGCAAAACUGAUGUCAGCAAAUCAUGAAAUUAAACUUUGAGCUUUGUUUUCUAACUUCGAAACCAGAGCGAAGUAGCAGAGUUGCUGAAAGGGAGAAGCAUUUGUCAUAAGAGUUCGGUGGUUCAUAUAUUUGGAUUAUACGAAAUGAUAAUGGUCCUAAAGGCUCAAGUCGCGAUUGUUUGAUUGGAUUAUUGUAUAUACAAGGUGUCAUUAUAGAGUUUGAUUUUCCAUGUAUAUAAUUGUAAAUAAUCUAUCCUAUACAUAUAUAUAUACAGAUUUGAAAUUUGAUUUUUAUUGUGGUUAUGGUACAGGUCAUAGAUGUUGUGGUAAUGGUAUAUUGGUGAUAUUAACAUUGCCAAGGAAUCAUAAUCCAGUUGCGGCUUUAGAAAAUUUCAAGAUACUCUAUCAAUUAAGAACUCAUGUCAUCAAAUUUUCAAAAGUUUGUACAACAAAGAAUAAAUGGCAAAUCUCUAAAAUAGUACUUAAAAAAAAUUAUCAUAAAAAUAGCACUAAAAAAAUAAAAUGACCAAAAUAAUAUUUUUUUGUUUUGAAAAUUUUCAUUUUUAUUUUUUUUGUUUUUUUUAAAUUUGAAUACAUUCUUACA